GCACAAGCCUUGAUUUAUGCUGGGAUGGCAGGGUCCAACUUAGAAAAUAUUCAAGAAAAAAUAAAUGAGUACUUGGAGAGAGUUCAAGCUCUCCAUUCAGCAGUUCAGUCACAGAACACAGAUCCUCUGAAGUCAAAACAACAGUUGGACUUGGAGCGUGCUCACUUCCUAGUUACACAGGCUUUUGAUGAAGAUGAUAAAGGCAAUGCAGAAGAAGCUAUAGAGUUGUACACAGAAGCAGUGGAACUCUGUUUGAAAACAGCUACUGAAACUUCAGAAGCAGGCCUCCAGGCAAAACUGAAACAGCUGGCUCGACAAGCACUGGAUAGAGCAGAAGCACUGAAGGAAUCUGUGUCAAAGUCAUCUCAGAAGGAGAAGUCAACUGCAGCUAAACCAAAUCAGCCAGUCAGAACAUUCUUUCCAUUAGGACCUGAUUUUUCUUUAAAUGAUAAACCACAGACAAUCAGAGCAGUACAAGCUAGUGAAUCUCAAGGUCAGAGAUACACUGUAGAGGAGAUUGAAGUACUCAGGAAGACUUCAAAAAUUAAUGGCAUUGAAUAUGUACCUUUCAUGACUGUUGAUCUGAGGGAGCGUUUUGCCUUCCCUAUGCCAUUUUCUGAUAAAUGUGGGAAGUUACCAUUAUCCCCCAAGCAGAAAGCAAUGUUUGCCAAGUGGGUGCGACCAGAUGACAUAACAAAUAACCCUACGAUGAUUUAUACUGUGUCAAGUUUCAGCAUAAAGCAGACAAUAGUAUCAGAUUGUUCUUUCGUGGCAUCACUAGCUAUUAGUGCAGCAUAUGAAAGAAGAUAUAACAAAAAAUUGAUCACAAGUAUAAUUUACCCUCAGAAUAAGAAAGGAGAACCAGAAUAUAAUCCGUGUGGCAAAUACAUGGUGAAGCUUCAUAUCAAUGGUGUACCUAGAAAGGUAAUCAUAGAUGACCAAUUACCUGUUGAUCAUAGUGGGGAACUUCUCUGCUCUUAUUCUAACAAUAAGAAUGAAUUAUGGGUAUCGCUAAUAGAAAAGGCUUACAUGAAGGUCAUGGGAGGAUAUGAUUUUCCUGGAUCAAAUUCUAACAUUGAUCUCCAUGCACUGACUGGUUGGAUACCUGAAAGAAUUGCUAUGCACUCUGACAAUCAAGCUUUCAAUAAAGAUAAUACUUUCAGAAUGCUUUAUCAGAGAUUUCACAAGGGAGAUGUCCUUAUCACAACAGCAACAGGGGUGAUGUCUGAAGAGGAAGGAGAAAAAUGGGGUUUAGUUCCGACCCAUGCAUAUGCAGUCUUGGACAUAAGAGAAUAUAAGGGACUUCGAUUUCUUCAAUUGAAAAAUCCCUGGAGCCACUUACGUUGGAAGGGACGAUACAGUGAAAAUGACACAAGAAAUUGGACCCCAGAUUUACAAAAACACUUGAACUUUGAUCCAAGAACAGCUCAGAAAAUAGACAAUGGCAUUUUCUGGAUUGCCUGGGAGGACUUGUGCCAGUACUAUGAUGUUAUUUAUUUGAGUUGGAAUCCAAGUCUUUUUAAAGAAUCUACGUGUAUUCACAGUACUUGGGAUGCAAAGCAAGGUCCGGUGAAGGAUGCCUACAGCCUGGCUAACAAUCCUCAGUACAAGCUGGAGGUCCAGUGUCCACAAGGUGGAGCUGCUGUCUGGGUUCUGCUCAGCAGGCACAUCACGGAUAAGGAUGACUUUGCACACAAUCGGGAAUUCAUUACAAUGGUUGUAUACAAGACUGAUGGCAAAAAAGUUUACUAUCCAGCUGAUCCUCCUCCAUAUAUUGAUGGUAUUCGGAUCAACAGUCCUCAUUAUCUGACCAAGAUAAAGCUGACUUCUCCAGGGCCCCAUACAUUUACCUUAGUGGUGUCUCAGUACGAGAAACAAAACACUAUCCAUUACACCAUCAGGGUGUAUUCCUUGUGCAAGUUCACCUUUUCCAAGAUUCCAACACCUUACACCAUUUCCAAACGGGUUAAUGGACAGUGGAAAGGUCACAGUGCUGGAGGAUGUGGAAAUUUCAGAGACACCUACAAAAAUAACCCCAUUUAUCAAUUCCAGCUGGACAGGAAUGGGCCAUUACUAAUUGAACUACGGGGACCAAGGCAAUACAGUGUUGGUUUUGAACUUGUCAUGGUGUCAACAGUAGGAGAUCCUGGUUCCUAUGGCUUUCAGAAAAAGAGCAGUGGUGACUACAGGUGUGGAUUUUGCUACUUGGAAGUGGAGAACAUAUUUGCUGGAGUUUACAACAUUAUCCCCACCACAUUCCUGCCUCAACAAGAGGGUCCUUUUUUCUUAGAUUUUAAUAGUGCUACUCCUCUUAAGGUAUCACAGCUGCAGUGA